AUGAAGAAGCUUCAUCAUCAUCACCGCGGCGGCGGCGGGGGUCGGAGAGAAGCGCAGCUAAGACGGCUUUCCGGUUCAAGUGCGUCUGACGCAGCGAUGUCAAAGCCGAAGGUCCCACCUCAGUCUUCUCUUUCUGGGCGUCGCAGCAGAGGAAGCAGCAGCGGCGAUGGUGACGUUCCCGCAGGGAUGUGCACAGUCGAGGAUGUAGUGAAUAGCGCAGUCGACCCACAAGCGCAGUACACCAUCUCCUCCAAUACAAGUCGCAGCACCACCACCGACACCGACGACGACGACGGCGACAAAGCGGACUCCUCGUCCUCGCCUCUGCUGCCCCAGCAGCAGCAACAGCCGCAACGGUCACCUGAUCAGAGUAGAAACACGAAGAGCAAGCGCAACUCCAAGCCGCCCACAGGACGAGGCUGGGCGAACACGCAACUGUGGGAGAACGUAGAGCAGGACCAGCGGAACCAGCGCGGGCAUCUGCAGUCACGGCAGGAUCGUCGUCGUGUAGCUGCGAAGCGUAGCGGGCCCUCUGUCAAGGCCGGUGCUCCCGCGCACAACGUAGCCAACGAAGACGACGACGUGGCUGGCAGCGUGCAAGGAUCUGCUGUAGCACUGGAGGAGGAGGAGGUGACGGUCUCGUGUACACCGCGCAACGGCAGCCGCUUUUCUUCGUCACCAGCGACAACGGCCGAAGAGACCCUGGAAAACGAGGAGGUUCUGCCUGCUCCUGGCACUCGACGAGUACCACCCCGGUCCGGAACGGACGCGAUGGCGACACCAUCACGGCGCCAUGCAGUCACGGAGGGCGGCGGCCGCUCUCGACACCGUCGCCGCCUCAGCCCAGCGCACCCUGUAGCGUCGUCGCCAGCGGUGUCUCGAGAUAGCUCCAUCAACGAUCCGGUCGGCCACGCCGCUGUUGAUGACGAAACGCAGCCCCUGCCAACGUUGUCGCACGCAGGGCAUGACGACAAGGCGUCCGCUCCAGCAGACGGACCGCGUCGACCGCCUCGCGCGGGUAAUAAGCAGUCCCGUAAGCACAAACACAUAUCCGCCGCCGUGCAGCAGCCGAAAUCAGGACCCGGUGUCGCGACUGGAAUGGCGCCGGUCACCGCCAUCGCUGCCUUCAGCACACGCGCUCCCCCGCCGCUCUUCGUCCUGCAGGACCCCAUCAUCGUGGCUCAACAGGUGCGUCCCCCUACACACGCGUUCGUCGCCGAAUCCGCACUCCCCGACCCACCACCGACAGUGAUGCGGCUCGCCGCAUUCUCCCCGGCGAAGGGAUCGAUCACGGAUCCGUGCGUGGUCGCUGCGGUGCUUCCCACGUCACCAGGCGCAGCAGCCUAUGCUGUCGGUCCUGCAGUGCCGCACGGCGGCCGGGCGAAGGACACGGCGGCCCCACCUUCACCUGGCCCUCCAACAGUGGUGUCGUCAUGUUCGAUGCCGCCGCAGCCGCACCAGCAGUCUGAGGAAGAUAAGCAGCUCAGUCGUCGUGGUUUGCGCUUUGGUGCUCCCCCGUUCUACCCUGCGUCCACCGCGAGCCUCGUCCUCGCCAUGCCCCCCGAAGCAGGCACCAACGGCGGUGACGCGUCACUCCCAUCGCUCGCAGCUGCCGUACCCAGCCCACAGUCGUUGCUGGGGAGCUACACCAUGUCACCGGCGCGGUCGCCGCCGCUAAUGCAGCCGACUUCCUCGCCGCUGGGAGACAGCGUGCAGAACCACAGUCGAAGCAGUACCGGGGGCCUCAUGAGCGGGCAGAGUACCUUUGCGGCAGAGUUGGCGGCGGCAACAAGUACGCCAUGGACCCUCACCGUUAUCGCCCCGUCUUACUCGUCGCCGCCAUCAUCGAUAGGGCGAGAUGACACGGACGGCGACGGCCCCAGCAGCGGCACACCGUCUGUGCCGGUCAAAUCGCCGGCGCACGGGGCUGCUGCCGCCGCCGCCGCGAGCUACAGCAGCAACACAGAGAUGCAGAACGUCACGGGGGAUCGGCCCGCCAUGCGGCGCAGUGCACUGAUGGUGACAAACACAGCCACGGGUGCGUGCGUGUCGCCGGCGACCGUGACCACGCCGUCCGGCUCCCCGACCGCACUGUGGAGCGGCAGCGGCGGUCACGUGCCGCAGAUGCGGACGAGUGGGCACACCAGCGGCGCAAACUCUAUCGCCGCCGCCGCCGCCACCACCCCCGGUGGCACUGGUCAUCACUCCGCCACUCCUUCGAGCACCACACUCCAGGGCGUCGUUGUACGGGAGUUCCCUCAGGCUCCGUACCCGGUCGUGAACCGAACUACAGAGCUUCACCAACCACACCAGCAGCACUCCAUGCGCAGCCCACGGUUGAUGAGUGAGAGCGACCUGGACUGCGUCCAGCACAAUCGUGUAGCAGUGUCCGACGUUGUCGCCAAGGACGAAGGCACCCUUGUCGACACCCUCUUUGCCGACGUCAACAUGAUCGAAGACGACGAGAGUGAGGUGGAAGGCGAUGAUGUGCUGAGCAGCCGUGGUGGGGGUGAACGCUGGACCAUGCACCCGGCGCCGUCGCCUGUUGCUUCCGGUGACGGGUCACCACUUGUUGCCUCGUCGCCUGAUGUCCGCACGCCGCACUCGAUGAACCAGCAGCUGCAACACCGCUCCGGGUCCUUCUCGGCCGGAGCACGGAUGCUCGCCAAGGAGGCCGGCGGGCAGGUCUUCGGUGGUGGGUACUGGUAUCCCUCGGGUCCUUGGGCCAGCACGGACGGGACUGCUCGCGGUAGCGGCACCAGCGGUACUGGCACAGGGUCGUACCGCGGUGGCGGCGGGGAUGUCAAGACCACUCUUGCCGCCGCCGUUACCGCAAGCAUCGGCAGUGCCAGCGUUGCGGCGGCGUGGCGUGGCUUGUCCACCCCACCGCACCGGCAUCGGGCCUUCUCUGCGAGCUGUGCCAGUGUUGCGUCCACCGUGUCGCUCAUCGACCCGAAGCAGCCGCAGGCGGACGGCGCCGCGUACGACAUGAUGGGCGAGGACGAUGAAUGGGAAAUCAACAGCAGCGCCUACGCCGACAGCCUCGACGAGGCGCAGAUCCAGUGGAUCGAGGAACAGCUCAGGGCGACAGAGAACCCGGCAGGGUACUUCUAG